UCAUGUGACUGGGCUAAGAUGGCGUCGCCCGGUUCCCGGUGGCUCCUGGCUGUGUCUCUUCUUCCUUGGUGUUGCGCCGCCUGGGAGCUGGGGCAUCUGAACCCGCCUUCGCCGCGGCCGCUGGUGAUCUGGCAUGGGAUGGGAGACAGCUGUUGUAACCCCAUAAGCAUGGGUGCCAUUAAAAAGAUGGUCGAGAAGGAAAUACCUGGGAUUUACAUCCUGUCUCUAGAGAUUGGGAAGAACAUGAUGGAGGAUGUGAAGAACAGUUUCUUCAUGAAUGUCAAUUCCCAGGUAACGAUAGUGUGCCAGAUUCUGGAGAAGGAUCCUAAGUUGCAGCAGGGCUACAAUGCUAUCGGGUUCUCGCAGGGAGGCCAGUUUCUGAGGGCAGUGGCCCAGAGAUGCCCAUCACCUCCUAUGAUCAACCUGGUCUCAGUUGGGGGACAACAUCAAGGUGUUUUUGGCCUCCCUCGAUGCCCGGGAGAGAGUUCGCACAUCUGUGACUUCAUCAGGAAAAUGAUCAAUGCUGGUGCUUACUCCAAAACUAUUCAAGAAUGGCUGGUGCAAGCAGAGUACUGGCAUGACCCCCUCCAGGAGGAUGUGUACCGCAACCACAGCAUCUUCCUGGCAGACAUAAACCAAGAGAGGUGUGUCAAUGAGUCCUACAAGAAGAACCUGAUGGCCCUCAAGAAGUUUGUGAUGGUGAAAUUCCUGAACGAUUCCAUCGUGGACCCUGUAGACUCUGAGUGGUUUGGAUUUUACCGAAGUGGCCAAGCUAUGGAAACUAUUCCCCUCCAGGAGAGCACUCUAUACACAGAGGACCGCCUGGGGCUAAAACAAAUGGACAAAGCAGGAAAGCUAGUGUUUCUGGCUACGGAAGGGGACCAUCUUCAACUGACUAAAGAAUGGUUUAAUGCCCACAUCAUCCCUUUCCUUAAGUGAAGUCCUUGCACUUGGCGGCAGAGCUCAGGAAACCCCAGCUCUUCGUGCCCAACCCUGACUGCUAAUCUAGCUUGCAAGCAGUCCUCUCCUGUUAUCUAACAUGCCCUACUUGGAAGAUCGAAGAUCCCAAUCUUAUUCUCUGCUGCCUCCUAUCACCAUGUGGUGUUGAAUUCAAGUUUAAUUAGCUAAUAACCAUGGAGAUUGUUUUACGACCUUGUGGUAUGGUCAAGCUUCCUCUUAAGGAGUCUGCUGUUGCAGAUCAAUGAUUGUGCCCAAAGCAGACAAGACGAUGAAGCAGGGAGACAGGCUCUGAGGGCAAAAACCCACACAGACUUGGGAGCAAGUAAGAGCCUGUACCAGUCCAGAGCAAGUACCCAGUCCUGAGAUUCUCACACGAGCAGCAUCACCUGCUGAUGGUUCUGCACCGUCUCCUACGGCUGUUUUCCUAUCUAGUGGCACCUAGCAGUCACUCCAUAGGCCUACCGCCACGCCCCCACAGAACUCACCUUGUAUCCUCAGCAGUGGAAUUAGUCACAAAAGGAGGGAACAGCCAGCAGGGUUGCUUAAGAGAAGAAAUGCACUUUUUUUCCUUUGAGACAGGCACUCACUCACUUUGUCGCCCUAGCUGGCUGGAACUCACUAUGUAGAGCAGACUGGCCUUGAACUCACAGAGAUCCCCCUGCCUUGUGAGUGUUGGGAUUAAAGGCAUAUGCCACCACACCCUACAGCAAUGUGUGUCUUAUAUACCACGAGAUAGUGGGAAGUGAGUAGAAGUAAAAACCAGGCCGGGCGGUGGUGGCGCACACCUUUAACCCCAGCACUCAGGAGGCAGAGCCAGGCGGAACUUUGUGAGUUUGAGGCCAGCCUGGUCUACAGAGUGAGUUCCAGGAAGGCACCUACACAGAGAAACCCUGUCUCAAAAAAAACAAAAAAAGCCGGGCGGUGGUGGCGCACGCCUUUAAUCCCAGCACUCGGGAGGCAGAGCCAGGCGGAUCUCUGUGAGUUCGAGGCCAGCCUGGGCUACAAAGUGAGUUCCAGGAGAGGCGCAAAGCUACACAGAGAAACCCUGUCUCGAAAAAAACAAAAAAAAAAAACAAAAACAAAAACAAAAAAACAAAAAAAAAGAAAAAGAAAAAGGUGAAAACCAGGGGUGACUGUCCCUGCCACUCCAUUCUUGGCUCGCUGCCCUCAUAUUACUAGUAAGUGUCACUUACACCACUGCAAAUGGGGAAACGGUCUGAAAAGAUGGACUUUUACACUUCUACCCCCAAUCCUAUUUACCAGCAUACUCCACGCUGCCGCUGAUUUGGUUCAAGAAAACAACUGAGGAAUAUUGUAGACUUCCUUUUCCCUCUGGAGACCAACCCACAUUACAAACCAAUGGCCGACUCCAUGGUUAAAGAGGAGCACCGACCCACCUCUUCCUGGGCUAUUGGAGCGUGGACCCUUCAGCGCCCAUGCUGAGACCGCAGCACUUUCUGGAUGAUUCCUAUCUAGUUUGGAGAAAUGAUUGUUUUCAUGAAGGCACCCUGUUAGCACCGCAGAAUCCACCCUUUGCCAGUUUUUCCUUUUCUUAAAUCUAUUGUUCAAAUAAAAAGAUGAGGUUUAAGGACAGGAAGCGGAAGGAUGUGAAAAUAACUUUACCAGGCUGUCUAAAAUAAAGAGUAGUUUCUUA